AUGCUUGGGUCAAUCCGGGUUUCAGUCUCCAGAGUCCAGACACACGCGCCCCUCCCGCAAAACUCUACCGAGCAGAUCGGAUCGUUCCCUCUCCGCAGCCUCGUCCCUUCCUUGGAUUUGGAAUCCAAUACUCAAUUCGAGAUCCCCUGCCCAUUGCGAACCCAUAUCUUCGGGGGCAGAAAAGAACAGGGCGAAAAUAGAGAGAACAGAGUCUUCAUCCUGGCGGCAUACGAUAGUCAGGACUACCUUGGGGCUGGAUUCGAUCUCGAUUAUCCAUACCAAACGUCGCCAUUAUACACGGCGUCGAUUGCAUCGGACCUGACGCUGGUGGGAGACCAGCAGUUCAUCCCACCAAGAUACCGCCCCAGCGAUAAUAGCACUCCACACUUGAAACGGCCGAGGGCGGACGGGCCAGAGAUACCGGUCAAGGGAGGAGGGGGCAACAAGAAGAAGAAGCAGAUGCAGAUGCCGAUGCCGACACCUGAAGCGGUGGUCGCUGAUGCUGCGGAAGGUCAAAUCGCUCCUGUGAACAAGCCAAAGCGGGUACGGACAGGAUGUUUGACGUGCAGAGAACGCCAUUUGAAAUGCGACGAAGCUCUUCCCAACUGCCAAAACUGCCGGAAGUCAAACCGUGUUUGCAAGAGGGGUGUGCGGCUGAAUUUCAUUGAUACGACGGUCAAAUCCCCACCUCUUAUCCCACCGACGGCGGAUUGGAAUGUCAAUUUUCAAGAUGAAUCUCGCGAGAUCGCGUCUGAAUAUAAAGGCGGUCUAAGCCGUUAUGCACAUCUCGAUCAACAGAUUAUAACGCCUCCCCGAGAAAAUGUUGAAUAUCCAGUCAGGCCUGUAGUCAACCCCCGGUCACGCGAAAACAGUAAUGCACUGCCUCCAACACACCAGUUCAAUGGCCCAUACUCGGACGGCAGCGUGUCACUUAAGGACCAAGCUCAUUCGAGACAGAAUAGCCGCCAUCAUUCCCACGCUCCUAGUGAUGCUUCCCUUCUGGCGCCACCUUCGUUAGCUUUCAGUAUAAGUACUGAACAGACACUUACCCCACCCCCUAACGAUCCUCGACGUUAUCUAGAUUCACCAGAGGAGGUCCUCUUCAUGCAAGUGUUUGUUGAGGAAGUCGGUUUAUGGAUGGAUAGCAUGGAUUCCAUGAAACACUUUUCGAGGCUCUUGCCCUUUCACUCCUUAGGUGAGCCAAUGCUGCUCAACGCAUUUCUCGCCUGCGGAGCUCGACAUUUGACGCUGGUCAAUCCUAUGUACCACGAGGAUAGGGCACUAUAUUACUACGAUACCGCAACUACUCAGCUACUCAGGUCUUUACAAAACCCAGACAGGGAUACCAUAGUUUGCGCUACGACAGCCGUCAUAUUGAAUGUUUAUGAAGUUAUGUCCGAGCGAGCGAGGCAGCGUAUGAACCAUAUCGCGGGAGCUCGUGCUUUGAUUAAAGAGUGUGGCUGGAGUGCUAGGAGUACAGGAAUAGGAGCAGCAUGUUUCUGGUUGAAUGUGGGGAUGGAACUUUUAAGCUGCCUCCAUUUCAACUGGAAAUUGGCGUGGGAGCCAGACCAGUGGGGCGUUGACAUGGACUUUCAGCGAGAGACGGAAUUCGGAAACGAGGAGAUUUGGGUUCAUCGGAUGGUAUACAUUGUUGGAAAGGUUGCAAACUUUCGGGCAUCAAUACCGCGAUUCCAGAAGGCAUCGCCACAUGACGAACAAGUUCGUCUCCAGGCCAGAUACGCGGAAUGGCAGAGGUUAAAGGAUUUGUGUGACAGCUGGAAUGAGAAUAUACCUCGAACGAUGCAGCCGAUGGGUUAUCUAUACCCUUCCCAAAAUAGCUCCAAAUCCGCUUUCCCGGAAGUCUGGUUAAUUAAACGUGCUACAAUUGUUGGCCGACUAUUCUACCAUACGGCGGGAUGCCUCCUAGCACAAAUCCAUCCUCUGAUGUCCAAAGACGUCGAAGAGAUGCACACAAUGCAAUUACAUCACGCUCAUCAAAUUUGUGGGAUAGUUGCACACGUCAAAGAUAGAGGUGUUGCCAGUGUUGCACUGCGCUCCUUAGCAAUUGCUGCAGAGUGCCUUGUGGACCGCCGGGAACAAGAAGAGAUUCUCGAGAUCUUUGAGAAGAUUCGUACUGAGACUGGAUGGAAAGUGGGGUUUCUCAACAAGGAGCUGAAGACCAAAUGGGGUUGGCAGCCUGAAGAUACAGCCCAGGAACAGAUGGCAGCACCUCAGGCUUCCUUGGCUCAAUUCUUCCCAGCAACCCAGGCAACUUCCGUGAGCCUGCCACCUGCGCCGCCGCCCCCCAGGCCUACCCCCAGCGGUAUUCUAAACCCGCUGUUAAAGACUGCAGAUUUUUCAUUGCCGAAUCAUCCAUACCAGCAGUAUUAUCAGCCUCCCAACCAGCACAACCAGUUUGCUCAUACCUAUGUAUGA